UGCUGCUGCGGAUGCUGAGCUGUCCGCGGGCUGGGCAGCGCUGCCACCUCCCUUGAGCCGCCCGGCCCUGCAGGAGCGGAGCCGAAUCAUCCCCUAACUGUACCCCGGCCGGAGCAGGAGAGGUCUGGGGGCAGAUCGCGAAUUCCGGCAUCUGGCAGCUUAAUUACAGGUUUGACUUUAAUUUCCAAGAUCGAACUCUCCUUGCUCAGCCCGGAUAUUUUUUCUCCCACUGGCCUUGGUUGCUGGAUGAAGCUUGGUCCCAGGAGCUUGGGAAGAGUUCGCUCUUGGCUCCGCGACGUCGCCCCUGGGGACUCCGAAGCCGCGCGACCUCCAGGUGAGGCGGCGGCGCGACUCCGAGCCCGGCGGGCCCGCCCUGCGGAGCAUCUUCCUCCGAAGAGCCAAGGGCUCCAGGACGCGGGGCUCCGCGCCCUCCCACUGGGGCUGCGUGCAGGGGGCGAGAGGCAGCCGCGAUGUUCAGCUGGCUGGGGUCUGACGACCGCCGGAGGAAGGACCCCGAGGUCUUUCAGACAGUGAGCGAGGGGCUCAAGAAACUCUACAAGAGCAAGCUGCUGCCCCUGGAAGAGCAUUACCGCUUCCACGAGUUUCACUCGCCCGCCCUGGAGGAUGCUGAUUUCGACAACAAGCCCAUGGUCCUGCUGGUGGGCCAGUACUCCACUGGGAAGACCACUUUCAUCAGGUACCUGCUGGAACAGGACUUUCCGGGCAUGAGGAUUGGACCCGAGCCGACCACCGACUCCUUCAUUGCGGUGAUGCAGGGCGAGGUGGAGGGGAUCAUCCCCGGAAACGCCCUGGUGGUGGACCCCAAGAAACCCUUCCGGAAGCUCAACGCCUUCGGCAAUGCCUUCCUGAACAGGUUUGUGUGUGCCCAGCUGCCCAACCCCGUGCUGGAGAGCAUCAGCGUCAUCGACACACCAGGAAUCCUGUCCGGGGAGAAGCAGAGGAUCAGCCGAGGAUAUGACUUUGCUGCCGUCCUGGAGUGGUUCGCUGAGCGGGUGGACCGUAUCAUCCUGCUGUUUGACGCCCACAAGCUGGACAUCUCGGAUGAGUUCUCGGAAGUCAUCAAGGCCCUCAAGAACCACGAGGACAAGAUGCGGGUGGUGUUGAACAAGGCCGACCAGAUCGAGACACAGCAGCUGAUGCGGGUGUAUGGAGCCCUCAUGUGGUCCCUGGGGAAGAUCGUUAAUACCCCAGAGGUGAUCCGGGUCUACAUCGGCUCCUUCUGGUCCCACCCCCUUCUCAUCCCCGACAACCGGAAGCUGUUUGAGGCUGAGGAGCAGGACCUGUUCAGAGACAUUCAGAGUCUGCCCCGAAACGCUGCCCUGCGCAAGCUCAAUGACCUCAUCAAGAGAGCCAGGCUGGCCAAGGUCCAUGCCUACAUCAUCAGCUCUCUGAAGAAGGAGAUGCCCUCGGUGUUCGGGAAGGACAACAAGAAGAAGGAGCUGGUGAACAACCUGGCUGAGAUUUAUGGCCGGAUCGAGCGGGAGCACCAGAUCUCUCCUGGGGACUUUCCCAACCUCAAGAGGAUGCAGGACCAGCUUCAGGCCCAGGACUUCAGCAAAUUCCAGCCCCUGAAAAGCAAGCUGCUGGAAGUGGUAGAUGACAUGCUGGCCCAUGACAUUGCUCAGCUCAUGGUGCUGGUGCGCCAGGAGGAAACGCAGCGGCCCGUCCAGAUGGUGAAGGGUGGAGCAUUCGAGGGCACCCUGCAUGGCCCCUUUGGGCACGGCUAUGGGGAGGGGGCCGGGGAGGGCAUCGACGAUGCUGAGUGGGUGGUGGCCAGGGACAAGCCCAUGUACGAUGAGAUCUUCUACACUCUGUCACCGGUGGAUGGCAAGAUCACAGGUGCCAACGCCAAGAAGGAGAUGGUACGCUCUAAGCUGCCCAACAGCGUACUGGGCAAGAUCUGGAAGCUGGCUGACAUCGACAAGGAUGGCAUGUUGAAUGACGAGGAGUUUGCACUAGCCAACCACCUCAUCAAAGUCAAGCUGGAAGGGCAUGAGCUGCCCAACGAGCUGCCCACCCACCUCCUGCCCCCAUCCAAGAGGAAAGUCGCAGAGUGACAGGAGCCGGGGGAGUUUCAGAGGAGGCAGGUGUUACAGGAGAUGGGAGAGGCAAUCUCUCACACACACACACACACAC